AUGGCAUUACCACCUGCAAUCCUUAGUGAAAUUCACCUAAAUCAAGCACUACUGUCAAUUCGACAAGUGCCAGCCUAUGACGGAUCAGCUGGAAAGCUGAGCUCCUUCAUUAAACGCGUUGAGUACAUACACGAACUGUACCCGACGCAAGACGCCAGACAGUCACGAAUACUGUUUGGAGCAGUUGAAGUGCAGCUGAUCGAAGAAGCACAACGACUCUCACAAUUGGUGCAACCUAACACCUGGACGGAACUGAAGAAUGCUCUGAUAGACGAAUUCAAGGACCACACACCCUACGAAGAACUUCUGCGACAAAUCUAUUUCACCAAAUUCAACGGGAGCCUUCGCCGCCCAUCGAAUCAGAAGUUAACGAUCAACGGCAACAUAAUUAAAAUCAUCGUCAUCAUUACAUUAAUGGUCCUUACAACAUUUGCUGGACUGGAUUUCCCGCUGAACCCAAGACACAUCCAAAGGUUUAUGGAUAUAAACCCGGAUAUUAGUAUAACGUUGUUUGGAUUCGACAACGAAAAAUCACAAGUGUUUGGACCCUUGUUUUAUCCGAAGGAGGUACGCGAGCAUCAUAUUAAUAUGCUGCUCAUAGAAAGUGACCACAGUGCUCACUAUACCUGGAUUAAGCGGUUAUCAGCGUUAAUUUCAUCGCAGACUGGAAGGCGCAAGGUGAAGCAAUGGUUCUGCAACAUUUGCUUGAAUUAUUCGCAGAGUGAGGAGGCAUCCCUACGACACAAGGAGAUAUGUAGUGGGAAGGUGUCCACACUUCCUCAUCCGAAGCAAGCACUGCUUAAGUUCAAAAAUCAGCAUCGAGCUCUUAAGGUACCGUUUGUGGUAUACGGAGACUUUGAAUGUCUUCUGGAGCCGACAAAUAUAGCAAAAAUUCAGAGUAUGGAUAUAUUCUUGAGGUAG